CUUCCUCGCGAUCGACGGGACCUGCUGCUCCUCUUUGCUCUCCUCCAGCGCGCAGAGGCGUCGGGCGAGCUCCCGGACACAGCCUUGGGUUCCUGAGUGCAAAGCAGCAUCAGCUGUUUGCGACGGAGGACAUUAUAAUAGCCCCGUGACUUAGCAGACCGGCUUGCAGUGACCCUGCCAGGGUUUGCAGCUGGUCUCAGUUCGCUUCUGAAGGUUUUCAGCGGAGAGGAGAUCUUGGUGGGGAAUGUGCAGCAUGAGUCGACUGGGGAGGCUGGUUGGCUUCCUCUGCCUGUGGCUCCCUCACCUGCAGUGCGAAGGGUUCAGCUACACCCAGCCUGAGCAGGUGCACCUGUCCUAUCCAGGAGACCCCACCACCAUGAUGGUCACCUGGACCACUUUUGGCCCGGCAGAAUCCAUCGUGGAGUUUGGCCCCGAUCCGGGAGAGGCCUUCACUCGCUCGGCCAGAGGCGACGCCAAGCGGUUCGUGGAUGGCGGGAAGCUCAGGCACACCAUGUUCAUCCACAGGGUCACCCUCCAGGGUCUUGUGCCAGGACAGCGCUAUGCCUACCGCUGUGGAAGUGAACAGGGCUGGAGCAGGUCCUACGGUUUCCGGGCCUUGCUGAACGGCACCGACUGGAGCCCCCGCUUUGCCAUCUUUGGGGACAUGGGCCUGGAGAACCCACAGUCCUUGCCUCGACUGCAGCGGGAGGCCGAGAUGGGCUUGUUUGAUGUGGUGCUGCACGUAGGAGAUUUCGCCUACGACUUGGACACGGACAAUGCCAACGUCGGAGACGCCUUCAUGAGGAAGAUUGAGCCUGUGGCCGCCUUGGUGCCGUACAUGACUUGCCCAGGGAAUCACGAAGAAAAAUACAACUUCUCCAACUACCGCUUCCGCUUCAACAUGCCCGGUGGCACGGAGAGCCUCUGGUACAGCUGGAACAUUGGACCUGCCCACAUCAUUUCCUUCUCUACCGAGGUCUACUUCUUCUUGAAAUAUGGACAGCAGCUCGUGGCAGAGCAAUUUCAGUGGCUGGAGAAGGACCUGCAGGUGGCGAACCAGCCCGAACGGCGCAAGGAACGCCCCUGGAUCAUUACCAUGGGGCACAGGCCCAUGUACUGCUCCAACAACGACCAGGAUGACUGUACGCUGUACGAGAGCAUUAUCCGCCGAGGCUUAGACCCACAGCAGUUCGGCUUGGAGGACCUGUUCUACAAAUACGGGGUUGACCUGGAGCUGUGGGCCCACGAACACUCCUACGAGAGGCUGUGGCCGAUCUACGACUACAAGGUUUGCAAUGGCAGCACCGAGGUCCCUUACACCAACCCUUGUGCCCCUGUUCAUAUUAUCACUGGAUCAGCUGGCUGCAAAGAGCAACAUGACCCCUUUGUCCCCGACCCACGAGAAUGGAGCGCUGUGCGGAUUGAGGAUUAUGGCUACACCCACAUGCAGAUCAUGAACAGGACUCACGUUUGGCUGGAACAAGUGUCGGACGACCAGGGUGGGAAGGUCGUGGACGGGAUUUGGCUGAUCAAAGAACUGCACGGCCCAGAAGCCUGGCACUAGCAGGUCCUUGGUGACAUCCCUGUUCCCUUCCUGGUCCAGACGGCGUCUGAGGCCUUUGCCUUGUGACAACCAGCUUUCAACGCAGGAAGAAGAGGAAACCACCAGAGCCAUCUCCCCCACUAGUCCCAGAAGCAGUAAGAACAUCAGAAGAUCACGGCGAUGGGAUCAGGCCAACGGCCCAUCUAUUCCAGCACCCUUUUCUUGCAGCGGUCAAGCCGGUGACCCAGAGGGAAUCCCGCAAGAUUCCCUCCGAGCACGAGAGCACUUUUCCCCUUCCUGUGGCUUCCAGCAACUGGUAUUCAGCUGUGAAGGCAGAGCACAGACAUCAUCGUCAUUGAUAGCCCUCAGUUUCGUUGGCUCACCCCAUUAGGUUCUACUGUUAUGAAAAGUAGCAUCUUCUCUUUUGGAUUUGAGCUCAGGAAGGCCACCAAGGCAGCUGUGGGUAGCAGGGCAUGCCAUUACACAGUUUGAAGCUUUAUUUUUGCAAAUCUCUUCAGUGAGAGGUCAUAAAAUUAUGCUUUGGGAUGUGAGGAAUUCAAAUCUGCUAUAAUUUUUGUGACUGGACAACAUUUAGCCUGGUUAGUCUACGUUGGAUGAGGAACCACAUAAACUGCUUUAGGAAAAGCAAAGAAUUUAAAUUGUACCUCCUGAAAAUAAUAAUA